UGCCACAGUCACUACGUCCUCUGUACAAAUCGCAAUUGUGGGCCCAUAAACAACAGAUGAAGAAUUCUGCUAUUCCUGUACACAAAGAAGGUCCUUUGACUCCUCCAGGGUAUCCUCUACCACCUACGGACUACCAAUUAUCUGCUGCUGCAGCAGACAGAGUUACACCACAGACGCGCGGUUAUGAAGUUUUUGGAACACUAGACCGCAAUCCACUGACCAGCACAUCUGUAAGUUUGGGACCACAAGACCACACAGGGAUCGUAUUUGGAGGUAUUGGAACAAAAACCACGACGCAGGUGCCAUCUGCGAGACACGUUUACUACAAGAUGAUGGAAGAACAAAGCGAAGGAUAUUUGGUUAUCUUCCUACAACAAAUAUUAAGGAUUACUUCUCUGAAGGAUGAGAAACUUGUCAAAAAUGUGUUGGAGGAAGUAGAACUACAUGUGGGAACUUGGUUUGAGCAUGAGUGGUUCGGCGAUCCCCUGACCAACGUCAUCACUGAUAUUUCCCGGUUCGUCAGCGAAGGAGAGAUUGAUAUAGUGAGAAGCUACUCAUCAAUGAUGUACCACAUGCUGCAAGUCAGAAAGACUGCUGUAUCAGUAGACGUGAACUCCAUCAUAGACUAUGCUGAUCUGCUGUACAAUGAAGACGAGGGAGGUGAACUCUUUGAAGCUGUAACAGAAUAUGAAACAUAUCCUAAAGGUUCAAAGAAUGCAAAAGAGGUUUGUGUAUGUAUACUCGACAGUUUCAUAAGACCAUACAGAAGACUCAGUCGUUCAGAACGCAGACAAACGCUUGUCGACUCCAUCAACUACGCCUUAAAGAUUAGAUUCCCUUUACGGACUAAAAUUCUUGGUGAACUUCUAAAUAUUGAACUACAAACAACCACAAAGAAACCAAAAUUACAAUAUAUCAAAAAAUUACACAAACAUGAUGAGGAUGUAUCGACAAAUGAAAUUGAAGCUGUUAAAGAAAAAUUACAAAAUAUGAUUGUCAAAGCACAAGCCGAUGAAGACUACGACAAGAUGGAAGCUUUGAAAUCUUAUGCUUAUAUUUUAAACGAAGAAAAUGACCAACGUAUGGCGAGUAAAAACUCAGACUCAGACUCAGAUUUAUCCCUACCAAGUGACAACUAUAGUUAA